AUGGCGCUUGUGUACUAUGAGAAUGAGUCACCUAGCACAAGAGAGCAAAGAUACAGUAAAAGAGUCAAGUGUGAUACAGAUCAGAGUGAAAAUGUUUCUAGUGGUGAAUGUGUUGUGAAUGAAAAUGUUUCUAGUAGUGAAUUUGUUGUGAAUGAAGUGGUGGUGGAAUCAGCGCAAGAAGUUAGUGUAGAUUGUAAAUCAGAAUGUAUUAAAAGUGAUGAAAACAAGCUGCAAGAUCAAUCAGUCCAGUGUGACAUUGGCAAAAACAACAGGUUUUCUAUUGAAAAAUUGCAGAGUAAUGAUAAAAUGGUGAAAUAUUACACAGGUUUUGAGAAUUACGACCACUUCAUGAUGUUUUUUCAAGUUCUUGGUCCCGCAGCACAUGAUUUGAACCUUAAGAGCAACUUACUUUCCCCACAAGACCAGUUGUUUUUAGUUAUGAUGAAAUUGAGACAAGCAAAAGAAGACAUUGAGCUGUGUUAUUUGUUUCAAGUUAGUGAAAGUACUGUUUCAAAUAUCAUUGUUACAUGGAUCAACUUUAUGUACUUUCAAUUUAAAGAGCUUAACAUUUGGCCCUCUAGAUCAGUAAUAGAUGAAUAUACGCCCGAUGACUUCUUUGCAAAUUUUAACAAAACUAGAGUAAUACUUGAUGCCACCGAGGUACCAAUAAAUAAGCCCCAGAAUGUAAAUGCCCGGAGUGCUACAUUUUCCAAUUAA